AUAAAUAUUUAUUGUGCACAAUCUGUGAAUAUUCGUAACACAAUUGAGAAGUUUUCUUACAAAAUCUACGAAACAAAGCCGUUAAACAGAAUUGAAGGGCAAUAAAAAAAUAAUUUUAAAUGACGGACUCGAGACGUGUAAGCCAAAAGUCACGUUCCAGUACUCCAUCUGGCCAGCAUCAAGCCUACGAUGGCGAUGCAUUCGUGCAACAUUUUGAGAAACGAGGUGCACGCGAAAUUAUUAUAAUGGAUCCGGUGGGCAAGCCAAUCCGUUCCACAGUUAGCCAGAGGCGCACAUAUAAUUAUGCCUCCCUUCUGAAGCCGUUGGCCACAAUGGCACGCAAUGUGGUAAGGGAUUUGGAUCCGGCUAACGAUGUGACCUUUAUGCGUUUACGCUCCGAAACACAUGAGGUGCACGUGUCCCUCAACACGGAGUUCAUACUGGUCGUCAUACAGAAACUGAAACGAAAAGCUAAAUAGUUAUUAUAUUCACAACUAAAAAAGUACAUGUGUGGGUGUGUGUGUCAUAUAUCAUAGCAAAUCUUUAAUAUAAGGCCCAUUGGAUUACAUAAUAAAACUUGGCAAAAUUUGAAAGCAAUUGAAAAUUCAUGAACAUUACAAAUUUCAAAUUUUGCUAUUGCGUAGAUUUUACAGUGUUUGUUAAAUCGAUUUUGUUAAUUUGUGUACAAAUUAGCGCUAGCAAACAAAAACUGUUAUCGAGUCC